AGCGACUGAUGCGGGGAGGAGGCGCCUGGCGCUAACAAAAGUCUGCGGCGCUGGAGCGGGGGGCGCAGGGCGGCGAGCACGGCCCGGCCCGGCGCGGGGCCGAGGAACAAGUGGCUGCUGCGCCUUCCCGGCGCGGGCGGGGAAGGGGAGCCCGGCAGCGCCGGCGGGACCCGAGGAGCAGCGGCCCGGCCCCAGCGGGCUGCGGAAGGCGCAUCAGUCGCUGCCGGCGGGCGGAGGAGGAGGCGGCUGCGCGCUGGGAUUGCUGCUGACCCGUGUGUGGAUUAUAAGUGGAGCUGCUGGCCAGUCGUGGUGCCCGCAGCGGGGGGGUGAGGGCAUUGGGGGCUUUCCCCUCACUUUCUCUCUCCCCCCCCUUUUUGGGGUGGCUGCGUGGGGCGGGGCUGGCUCCCCCUGAAGGACCCGAGUGCCUGUAGCAUGUAAAAGCCGAACCUCCGGACCAGCGGGGUCCCCGCCCCAGUCGCCUCCUUUCUGUGCCGGGGAGCCAUGGUGUGUGCGGGCAGCCGGAGAGCAUGAAGCCUGCAGGAUGGGCGCGAACAAUGGCAAACAGUACGGCAGUGAGGGCAAAGGCAGCUCAAGCAUCUCAUCCGACGUGAGUUCAAGUACAGAUCACACACCGACCAAAGCCCAAAAGAAUGCGGCUACCAGUGAAGCAGACAAAGGAGCUGGCUCUGGGAAUUUCUCAAGAGGAAGUCAUAGUGGCAGGCGUAGUUAGGAGAGACAAAAAAGCAAAAGAUUCCGACCUGAGCAUGCGGACACUCAGCACACCCAGUCCAGCACUAAUAUGUCCGCAGAAUUCUCAUGGCUUCCAGAAUGGCCGAGGAUCUUCCACUUCUUCAUCCUCAGUCACCGGGGAGACAGUUGCUAUGGUCCAUUCACCUCCUCCAACCCGCCUUACUCAUCCCCUCAUCCGGCUGGCGUCCAGACAGCAGAAAGAACAGGCCAACAUAGACCGUCUCCCAGACCACUCCAUGAUCCAAAUUUUCUCUUUCCUGCCUACCAACCAGUUGUGCCGUUGUGCACGAGUGUGUCGCCGCUGGUAUAACCUUGCCUGGGACCCACGGCUUUGGAGGACUAUUCGCCUGACAGGCGAGACAAUCAAUGUAGACAGAGCUCUUAAAGUGCUGACCCGGAGGCUUUGUCAGGACACGCCAAAUGUAUGUCUCAUGUUGGAGACGGUAAUUGUUAGUGGCUGCAGGCGGCUCACAGACAGAGGACUCUACACCAUUGCCCAGUGCUGUCCAGAGCUGAGGAGGCUAGAGGUGUCGGGCUGUUACAACAUCUCCAAUGAAGCAGUCUUUGAUGUAGUGUCACUGUGUCCAAACCUGGAGCACCUGGAUGUGUCAGGCUGUUCCAAAGUGACAUGCAUUAGUUUGACCCGCGAAGCCUCCAUCAAGCUGUCCCCGUUACAUGGCAAACAGAUCUCUAUCCGCUACCUGGACAUGACAGACUGUUUUGUGCUUGAGGACGAAGGCCUGCACACCAUCGCCGCACACUGCACUCAGCUGACUCAUCUGUACCUGCGCCGCUGCGUCCGCAUCACUGAUGAAGGCCUCCGUUACCUAAUGAUUUACUGCACAUCCAUCAAGGAGCUGAGCGUGAGCGACUGCCGUUUCGUCAGCGACUUCGGCAUGCGGGAGAUCGCCAAGUUGGAGUCGCGUCUGCGGUACCUCAGCAUCGCACACUGCGGUCGCAUCACAGACGUGGGCAUCCGUUACAUUGCCAAGUACUGCAGCAAACUGCGCUACCUCAAUGCGCGGGGCUGCGAGGGCAUCACGGACCACGGCGUGGAGUACCUCGCCAAAAAUUGCACAAAACUCAAAUCGCUGGAUAUUGGCAAGUGCCCACUGGUCUCAGACACCGGCCUGGAGUUUCUGGCCCUGAACUGCUUCAACUUGAAGCGCCUGAGCCUGAAGUCAUGUGAGAGCAUCACAGGCCAGGGCCUACAGAUCGUAGCUGCGAACUGCUUUGACCUGCAGAUGCUGAACGUGCAGGACUGUGAGGUUUCCGUGGACGCUCUGCGUUUUGUUAAACGCCAUUGCAAGCGCUGUAUUAUUGAGCACACCAACCCCGCUUUUUUCUGAAAGGACACUCUGCACCUGUUGAUUAAAAACAUUGAUGUAUAAACACACCCUCCCACAAACAGUACCUAGCUCUUCUCUCUAUGGUCGUGGGAGUCAGCUUUCUUGUAUGGUGCUGGUGAGGUUUGUUUUUUAAAAAGAAUAUUUUUUUGUUUUAAACUAUCACUUUGUUAUUUGAUUGUGUCUCUGCGGAGAUGCUUCCUUAACCUAAAAGCAGUGAGUACUCCACAGCACCAUGGCAGUGCUAUGCCCCUGGUAAUCCAGACCCUUUCCUCGCCUGAACUAGCUCUCCAAGGGGAAUAGCACAUAAUCACUCCCUUUGCGGUGCAACUUGAGCAGCAUUCAGUCUGAGCUCCAGCUGUGUUCAUGACGCUGCAGGGGCACUAUUUUUCUCGAAACCCACCCCCCAAAUUCCUCCAACAUGGCUGAUGCAACACCACCUUGUCUAAGUAGCAUCUUCUUGGAAGUCCCUUAACCAUGUUCCAGCAAUCCCCAGGGCAGUAUUGGGUGGGAUUUUCAAAUACGUUCGAUGUUGGCCUAGCUCUGCUCCCAUUGACUUAAAGUCGAUAAAGUCAAUGGGAGCAGAGUUAGCGAGCACCGAGGGCAUUUGAAAAUCCUACCCAUCCUGGGAUACCUCGUCAACAGCUUAUAUGUGGAUCACUAAUGUGUUAACCUACUACUCCCGCUAAUCCAGCACGGGCCUUUUCUGUUGGCUUGGAAGCAUCCUUUGCUAGUACUGGGCACCUUUGGGUCCACUAAGCAGUGUCACUAGCACUUGAGUGGAAGGAACAUUUUUAAGAAAUGUAGGAAGCAGCAGAUACUCCUUUCCAGGCCACUAAGGGGAAAAUUCAACGUUUUACUUAGCUGCAAAUUGGUCUGAGAAAUCCCAUUUUGUUACUACUGUGAAUUAAGAUACUGCAGCAGCACUCCGGGGAUUAGGGAAGUGUCUCAGAGUGGGUCAUACAAGGGCAAACCUAUGAAAGUCCCAGUAGUUGGGCUGUCUCACAGUAACCCUUGUUGUUGCCGCAGAGCAUGUUUUAAUUCCUUUAUCGGUAAAAGGAGCCUUUGCAACUGAGACUCCUUUUAAGUAAAAGGAAUGUUUAGGCAUUUAUACACAGAAGCACGUACAUUUUCUAGGGCCUUCGUAUUUAAAGGAUGGAUAGUAGAUUUCAAGGCUUGGAAUUCAUUACCCUGAUAUCAGAUCACAUCUUUGGGAAAGAGGGAUUUGGAAUGGUAUCCAUAUUAGAAUUGGAUUCUGUGCAGCCAUGACAGCACAUUCCUUUCAACUGAAGAAAUGGCCGUUGUUGAGCAAAAAAUUGCAUAUCAGUACUGCCCCAUAUGGUUGAAGAUUGUUACUCUAACAGGUGUUACUGUUAUAGCUGCUCUCUCUUGCCAGUGCAAUCAAUGUUGAGGCUUCUCCCUGCUUGUUGUCCCCUUCUUUCCCUGAGCAGGUGAUCAUUUCAUGGUAACUUCCAUCACAGUCUUCUGGCAACUACUUUCCCACUUAUUUCUGGCAAGAACCUUCCAGUCCUUAGAUCUGAAAGCCAGACUCAUUAGAAGUGAUGAUAUUUUCAGGCAGGCCCCCUACACAUGAUUGACAACUGGUUCAUAUGUUAGGCUCAAUCACUGUAAAUGUCUCUGCUAGAGAGAUGUGGGAAGGAAAACGCUCUGUCUGGUUUUCAAAGAACAGUAGCUGCAUCGUCUCCAGACAACAUUAACAAUGUCACUGAGAUGAAGUGAAAAUCCAUGGGUUUAAGAACAUACAUAAUCACUGAGGAAAUAAUCUGUAGCCACACUCACACAAUGUAUAAAAGGCAAAGCUGGCAGGAUGUGUUCUACUUCUGAGAAAAGAUCUUUAGCCUGUACAUAUUGCUUCUCCGUUUGUCAGUUUGUGUAUUUUUUCACUUGCGGAAUAUUGUGGUCUCAUGGGCAAACUCAUUAAGCAGCCUUCAGUUCCCUCUGAAUUAAAUAACACUGUCCAAAAGAGACAAGGGGUAGGAGCCAAAAUAAUUGUGGGGAAAAGCUCUUACAGCUCCUCAUUACCACUGUGUCACUAAUCGGUGUAUGUUAGGGAGUGGUGCCAUUUUAUGUCAACUAACAUCAGGUUAGCUUCCUUUUUUCACAAAGCUGAUUUCUCAGGAGGUUGCAGAGUGGAUUUUAUCCCAGCUAGUGAUUCUCUUCACUGUCCCCAAGGAGAGUUAAGCUGUUGAAUCCAUUCUCAAGGUUGGUGUGAAUUUGGCUGAGCCAUUGGCACUCGAGGUCUCACUAGUGACAUUUAAGUGUUUAUAACAAGUUGCUACCUUUCUGCCUUGGCUAAAUGGAAUGAACACUGCUACAUGGUUGUUAAAGAUUCUGAUGUCUUCAAUUGGCCUGUACUGUGUGAAUCUCACUAUAAAGCCUUAAUUUACUACCAAGAAAUAAAGCAAUAUAUUGGUAACUG